CAUGAAUAUGGUCCUUAGGACGAGGCAAGAUUCGAGCACACCAAACGAUACCUCCGACAUCAUGGAGGCACCCGCUGAGGUAUUCGUCUUUGGUGACCAGACGGUUGCGUUCGAGCCCACAUUGCAUUCUUUGCUGCAUGUCAAGGACAACGCCGUUCUAGCGGACUUUUUUGAUCGAGUUGGUUUUCAGCUGAGACGGCACGUUGGGAAUUUGCCAUCGCACCAGCAGGAAUGGUUUCCGUUUUUUACCACGCUGAUUGACUUGUUCGCCCAGCAUGAGAACUGCAUUGCAGCUCCGGCGCUGAAGUUUCCGCUGCUCUGUGCGACCCAGCUUGGCCAGUUCAUCAGACAUUUUGGACAAGGGGCAAGAGCAUACCCUGUACCAGAGAGUACCUAUCUGGUAGGUGCAUGUACCGGGGCGUUUGCUGUUGCGGCCAUUGCGACCUCUCAGACUGUUGCAGAGCUUCUUCCUGCUGCGGUUGAAGCAGUCAUUGUUGCUUUCCGGACGGCUCUUAGGUCAAUGGUUCUUCGAAAUGAUCUAGAACCUUCCGUCGAUGGGAAGCAAAAAGCAUGGUCGGCGAUUCUUGGAACCAGUGAGGCUGAAGCAGAGAGUGCCAUCGAAAAGUUUAACUUGGAUCAGGUUCUGCCUCCUGUGGCUCGUCUAUACAUUAGCUCUGUCAGUAGAACGAGUGUAUCUGUCAGUGGUCCGCCGCGAUUGCUGAACGAGUUUCUGUCGUCCUGUUCGUGGAAGCACUCGUUCCUGCCAAUCGAGCUGCCCUAUCAUGCGCCGCAUCUAUUCCGAAAAGCUGAUGCCGAGUCGAUAGUGGGUGACUUUCAUGAUCCCCGGCUGCUGCAGUAUAUACAGCAAACGAAUAUUGUAUCGGCUGCUUCAGGAGAAAUCAUCACAUCAGCUGAGCUGCGGAGUCUGUUCUAUCGAGCGGUUCAAGAGGCAUUAUGUGACCCGUUGCAAUGGGACUGUAUCACAGCAUCGAUUUCGCAAGACCUACGGGAGCACCAAUUUGCUGAAUGCAUAAUAUACCAAGUCUCCUCGCGCAGUGGAUCUCUCAUCAGUUCGGCCCUGACGAGAGAUUUGCCAUUGAAAACCCACGUGGUCUCGUCAAUAGGAGAUGUAUCGGUUGCCCCAUCACCCUCAACUCCAACCGGCAAAUUCUCGCAAUCUAGCAUUGCCAUCAUCGGAUUCUCCGGCCGUUUCCCCGAGUCUGGAUCCAAUGAAGAAUUCUGGGAGAUGCUUCUGGCUGGUCGGGAUGUUCAUCGAACCAUUCCGGAAGAUCGAUUCGACUGGAAGGCACACUAUGAUCCCACUGGGAAGACCAAGAAUACCAGUCGGGUGAAAUAUGGCUGCUUCAUCAAGGAGCCGGGCGUGUUUGAUGCCCGGUUCUUUAACAUGUCGCCCCGGGAGGCCGAGAAUGCGGAUCCUGCACAGCGACUGGCAAUCACCACGGCCUAUGAAGCAAUGGAGAUGGCAGGGCUGGUGCCGAAUGCGACGCCAUCGACCCAGGGCGACCGCAUUGGAGUCUUUUAUGGGGUGACGAGUGAUGACUGGCGCGAGGUCAACAGCGGACAGAAUGUAGACACCUACUUUAUCCCCGGGGGCAAUCGAGCAUUCAUUCCAGGUCGUAUUAGCUAUUUCUUCCGGUUCUGCGGACCCAGUUUGAGCAUCGACACGGCAUGUUCGUCCAGCUGCGCAGCAAUUCAGACGGCGUGUGCCUACCUGUGGCGCGGUGAAUGCGACACAGCCCUGGCUGGAGGAGUGAAUGUCCUGACCAACCCUGACAACUUCUGUGGUUUGGACCGAGGGCACUUUUUGACUGCCAAAGGAAACUGCAACGCUUUCGACGACGAGGCCGAUGGUUACUGCCGUUCGGAUGCUGUGGGCACCGUGAUCCUCAAACGCCUCGAGGAUGCCGUCGAAGACAAUGACCCGAUCUUCGGUGUCAUCCGAGGCGCAUAUACCAACCACUGCGGCCGGACCGACUCGAUCACGCGACCCUUUGAAGGCGACCAGGCGACCGUGUUCAACCGGAUUAUGCGUUACGCUGGCAUCAACCCUUUGGAUGUGGGCUACGUUGAGAUGCACGGCACAGGAACCCAGGCGGGAGAUGGCACCGAGAUGAGGUCGGUUCUGUCAGUGUUUGCUCCGAAUCCACGCAGGCAGAACGCGUUGUUCCUCGGAACAGCCAAGGCAAAUAUGGGCCAUGCCGAAUCCGCAUCGGGAGUGUCAUCCUUGAUCAAGGUGCUGUUGAUGAUGCGGAAUAACACGAUCCCACCGCACUGUGGGAUAAAAACCCGGAUCAACCAUACCUAUCCCACCGAUUUGGCCCAGCGGAACGUGCAUAUUGCUUUCCAGCCCACGCCGUGGCAUAGAGAUCAGAUGCCACAAGGGAAACGGACGGUAUUUCUGAAUAACUUUAGUGCAGCUGGUGGCAACACGGCCAUGCUGCUGGAAGAUGCCCCGGUCCCAUCGAGCAAGCCUUGCCAGGACCCUCGCUCUAGACACCUCGUGACAGUGACAGCCAAGACGAUCAAAUCUCUCAGGGGGAAUAUCGAUGCUCUGAUGGCAUAUCUGGUGGCGAACCCGACAGUGUCCAUGUCUUCCCUUUCUUAUACCACCACCGCACGACGCGUUCACCACGGCUACCGCGUCAUCGUGUCUGGCUCUGAUAGCGAUUCCAUACGCCAGCGUAUGCAGGAGAUCCUGCCAGGCCUGGAGAGCCACAGGUCUGUUCCGCCACCGGGGAAGCUACCCAACAUCGUCAUGGUAUUUACCGGACAGGGCACUCUCUAUACUGGCAUGGGCAACAAGCUCUUCGAGUCAGUUCCAUCGUUCAGGGAGAACGUGAUGCGCUUUGAUGGCAUGGCGACACAGAUGGGCUUUCCGAGUUUUAUGCCUCUUAUCGAUGGUACAAUGGUCAACCUCGAGGAAGCCCCCCCAAUGAUGACCCACUUGGCUCUAGUUUGUAUUCAAAUGGCACUCUACGCCUACUGGAAGUCACUAGGGGUGGUUCCUGCCGCCACCAUCGGACACAGUCUGGGCGAAUACCCUGCCCUGUUUGCUGCCGGGGUCCUUACGGCGGCGAAUGUGAUCUACCUGGUGGGCACGCGUGCUCGAUUACUGUUUCAGAAGACCACACCCCGUACGCAUGCUAUGUUGGCAGUCAAGACCUAUGCGGAUAAUAUCCAGGCGGAGCUACGCGGGACGUCGUGUGCCAUGGCCUGCCUCAAUCAGCCAGCCAACAAUGUAGUCAGUGGUCCGGUGGACGAGUUGAUGGUCUUGAAGGACCGACUCAUAACCAAGGGCAUCGACUGCGUUCGGCUUGAUAUCCCAUAUGCCUUUCAUUCGGCUCAAGUGGACACAAUCUUGAGUGACUUCCGAACGGUUGCUGGAAGUGUCCAGUACCGGGUUCCUUGUAUUCCCUACAUCUCGCCUCUGCUGGCAAAGGUAGUAUUGACUGGCGAUGCCGAUCUGCUAAACGCGUCGUACCUGACCAAUGCGUGUCGAGAACCCGUCCAUUUCCAAGGUGCCAUUGGAGCAGCCCAGGCUGAUGGACUAAUCAGCGACAAGACGCUGUGGGUGGAGAUCGGCUCGCAUCCUGCCUGCUCAGGCAUGAUCAAAGGCAUCCUCGGGCCGCAAACUAUCACCACUGCUUCCUUGAGAAAAGGAUCUGAUCCAUGGACAAUUCUGGCCUCGAGCUUAGAAGUGCUUUACACCCAUGGCAUCGACAUUCAUUGGAUAGAGUAUCACCGCGGAGUCGAAGGUCCUCGUGAAGUGCUCCGAUUACCACGGUAUGCCUGGGAUCUGAGGAACUACUGGAUUCCGUAUCGGAAUAACCACUGUCUAUUUAAAGGUGAAGGCUUGGUUCCUGCUGGUCAGCAAGGGUUUGUGUCAAAUCCGGAAGCCACCCGUAUCUCUCAAUAUCUCUCCCCGUCUGUCCAGAGGAUCCUCGAACAGGAAGAUGGCCCGGAGAGCUCUACUCUCUUGGCCGAGUCUGAUAUCCACGAUCAACGACUGGCACCGAUUCUGGAAGGACACGUUGUCAAUGGGGCCAUGUUGUCGCCAUCGUCUCUCUACGCCGAUAUUGCCCUUACAAUUGCCAAGCACAUGAUGCAAGCCAUUGGUAAGGACAGUGAUGCGGCAGGGUUGGAUGUUGCCGAUAUGCAGGUGCAAAACCCAUUGGUGUCUCGACCCGACGUGAACUCGCAGCUCUUUCGCGUCAAGGCCUCUGCCAACUGGGAUAGCAAUGUCAUCUCCUUCCGGCUGUACAGCGUCAAUCGCGACGGGGAAAAGACGGCCGAUCAUGCCGCAUUCGUCGUUCGAAUUACCAAGGAUUCUCAGACAUGGCUGGCAGAAUGGAAGCGCCAUGCGCAUUUGGUUCAGAGUCGGAUCGCUGCCCUGAAUGCCAGUGCCGAGGAGGGCGAUGCACACAAGCUCAAGCGACGUCUGGCAUACCAGCUAUUCUCAUCACUCGUGAAAUACGGGCCCAACUACCAGGGCAUGCAGGAGGUUGUCCUUGAUAGUGAUAACCACGAAGCGACCGCCCGAAUCUCCUUCCAGAUCGAUGAGAACGGGUUCGUGUUCAAUCCAUGCUGGGUGGACAGUCUCGGACAUAUUGCUGGGUUUAUCAUGAAUGCCAGCGAUGCCACGCCGUCUAAAGAGCAGGUCUUUAUCAAUCAUGGCUGGGAGCGCAUGCGCUGUGCCGUCAAGUUUGCCAAAGGCAAGCAGUAUCAGGUGUAUAACCGAAUGCAGUUGGAGACGGGGACUACCUACGUUGGGGAUACGUACAUCUUCGAGGGUGAGACAGUGGUGGCUGUAUACCAGGGGAUUAGGUUCCAAGGAGUCCCUCGACGCCUUCUUGACCGGCUGCUGCCCGCAAAGGGUUCCUCUGCUGGGAAGGAAGCUGUGCAACUUCCAAAGCCACAACCAACAGCGCCUGUCCACUCAAGGGAUAUCCCCAAGCCAGUACCUCUCAGACCAGCUCCCAAGCCAUCCAGUCCAUCCGCCCCAUCCAGCGGCGGUAUGGCUGCCCGUGUUAUGGCCAUUAUUGCAAAGGAGGCAGGAGUGGAUCCAUCAGACUUGGGGCCGAACGAAGAAUUCGCCAACUACGGGAUUGACUCGUUGCUGUCAUUGACUAUUUGCGGUCGCAUUCAGGAGGAAUUGGGUGCCGAUGUUCCCUCUUCCCUCUUCGUGGAUUACCCUACGCCUAAGGAUCUUCUUGGCUUCUUUGGCGAUGUUGAGAGUGAUUCCUCCCAACAAACGGUCUCUUCUGAGCGCAGCACGGAUGAUACGUCCAGUUACGAGACAAUUGCAACAUCGGAGCAUGAGCACGAGACUGCUGUGCUGGAGGUGUUACGGGCCACCAUCGCCGAUGAAACGGGUGUCCCACUGAACGAGGUGACGAUGACCACCCCAUUUGCAGACAUCGGAGUGGACUCGCUUCUUGCCUUGACUAUUGUGGGGACACUGGCAGAGACACUGGAGGUUGACCUGCCGUCCAACAUCCUCAUGGAGAACCAGAACUUGGAAGAGGUCGGCAAAGCAUUAGGGCUGGAACCGAAGCCGACCCCGCGUGGUAUCCCUUCUAAACCCACGUUCGAUCCACACAGCGGACCGCAAGCUACCUCGAUCCUGCUCUGGGGUAAACCCAAGACAGCGAAGAAGAUUCUCUUCUUCUUCCCGGACGGCUCAGGGUCUGCCACAUCAUACGCUGCUCUUCCUAAGCUUGGCCAGGACACGGCUGCCUACGGGCUCAACUGCCCAUGGAUGAAAACUCCAGAGCAAAUGACUGUCUCUUUGGAAGAACUCACGACCAAGUACAUCCUGGAAAUCCGUCGUCGCCAGUUCACCGGGCCAUACUACGUCGGCGGUUGGUCCGCCGGGGGAAUCUGUGCCUACGAAGCCGCCCGUCAACUCGCGCAGGACGGUCAAACCACCGCCAAGCUGAUCCUGAUCGACUCGCCCAACCCUAUUGGACUGGAGAAUCCCCCAAAGCGAAUGUACGACUUCUUCGAGAGUAUCGGGCUGUUUGGAACCACCGGCAAGGAGCCACCGAGUUGGCUGAUUCCUCAUUUCAACGCGUUCAUCCGGUUGCUUGAUGCCUAUCAAAUUCAGCCAUUCGGGGCGUCCAUUCAGACCCAUAUCAUAUACGCGCGUGACGGCAUCUGCAAGGAUCCGAACAUUCCUCGGCCCGAACGACGACCAGAUGAUCCGCGAGAAAUGAUCUGGUUAUUGGAGAACCGGACUGACUUUAGUGGAGACGGGUGGGCAUCAUUGCUGGGACGGGAGAAUCUACAGAUUGAGGUGCUAAGCGAGGUGAAUCAUUUCUCGAUGAUGGAUCCGGGGAAACAUAUGGAUGCGUUUGGAGAGUUCUUACGUCGUGCGUUGCUCUAG